AUGGCAACAGGAAAAAAUAUAAAAAAAAUUGAUGUACAAUUACCAAAUGAGGAAGAUUCGGGAAAACUAGCAUUUAUUUUAUUAAAUGUUUUCACAAAAGAAGAAUGUUCUGAAUGGAUUAAAUUAACAGAAGAACGUGGUUAUACUUCAGCAUUAGUUAAUAUUGGUUUACGUGAAAUUUUAAUGACAGAUGUUCGAAAUAAUGAUCGAUGUAUUAUUGAUGAUGUUAAUAUGGCAAAUAUAUUAUUUGAACGUAUUGAACCAUAUUUACCAAAAAUAUGGAAGGAUUAUAAAUUAGUUGGACUUAAUGAACGUCUUCGUUUUCUUCGUUAUGAUCGUGGACAACAAUUUAAAGGACAUAUGAAUGGUGUUUAUCAACGCUCAGACGGAUCUGGUGAAAUAAGUUGUAUUACAAUACAACUUUAUUUAAAUGAUAAUUAUAAAGGAAUGGUAUUAGUGUUCGAACAUCGACUUUUUCAUGAAGGUUCAUUAUUGAAAAAAGGUCGAAAAUAUACAGUUCGUACUGAUGUUAUGUAUCGACCAUAG